GUGGCUGCCAAGCCAGGCGUGAGAAGCCCCGCAGAGCCGCCCUGCCUGCCUGCCUCUCCAGCACAAGAAACAGCUCCUCUCGCGGGGGAGGGGAGAAGCUGUGCUACCACUGAGCUGUCGGAGGCUAGAGUAGAAGACGGAGAGGAGGAUAGAUUGAGCCGUUCUGGGCGCCCGGGAGGCCCGUUCUCGUCGCUCCCUGAAUUGGAAAUGGCGGAGGAAGAGCGGUAUCUGGCCCUGUCGGGGGAGCGCAUCACGUUGCAACGCCGCCAUCACAGCGCCUCUUGUCGGGAGUUCCAGGUGCGCUGCCCGCGGCUGCAGUUGCGCUCGCUCAGCGCCGUCACGUGCUCUGUGUGGCUGGUGGCUUACGGGCUCUUCGUCCUCAGCCAGAACAGUGUGGUGCUUUCUGCUGCUAUAUUUAUCACAUUGAUUGGCUUGCUCAUGUACCUACACUUUGUGAAAAUUGACCAGGAGUCUCUGCUGAUUGUUGGUUCACUUGGAAUACAGAUGACCUCCUCCUUUGCAUCUGGCAAAGAAAGUACAACCUUUAUAGAGAUGAGCCAAGUAAAAGAUGUGGUAAUCAAUGAAGCCAUCUAUAUGGUAAACCUAAUAUGCUGUCAAAAGGUUAUCUAUUACCUGUGCAUCCUUCUUCAAGAUCCCAUGGAACCUCAUGUUGUUUCUGAGGUAGUACCACUGUUUCAGAGCUCCAAGCCACGUCUUGACUGCCUUGUCCAAGUGUACAAAAGCUGCCAAGAAAUCCUGGAGCAAAGGAAGAAAUCUUGACAUAGCCUUUAGCUUGCCUUUAUCAAGGUAGAAGAUGUGCUAAAAUGCCAAGAUUUUCUAAAAAUAUUUGGGAAGGCAUUUUAAUGUCAGUGAACUUCACUAUAUGGAUAACUAGAUGGCAGGGGAUUCUAAUGGACCAGGAAACUGAAAAUUGCUAGUGCUUUCUUGGACAAGGAUUUCUUGGACAACGUGCAACCUUGAAGAAAUGUUGGGGGGAGAAUGGCUAACCUGGGCCCCACAUCUUCUUUUGUCAACAUGGUGAUGUAAGAAACUCAAUGAUAACAAUCUUUUCUGUUAAAAAUUAACUCUACCUAAGUGAAUGGAAAUCUACAAGGAAGGUUCAGCAGAAAUGGGAUGGAGGCAGGAAACUGCUCCCUUUCUCAGUACAAGUACAUGGAAGAAGAGAAACUGACAAUACUGUUACAUUUUGUUUUCUGAGGACCAAUCAUUUAGAUUAUGGGAUCUGCCUAUGCCCAUAUGGUAUUCUUACGUAUUCACUCAGGUUUGUCAUUAGCACAAUGUAGUUGGUAUUAUUUGAUACAAAUGCCUAUUAAUAAAACGUCUCACUAGUUGUUUUAGAA